AUGUCAAAGCUGUUUUUCUGUGGCUUCAGCUUUGAAGUCCUGUCUCUGACAUCCAACUCCUCCCAGCUGAAAGAUCUGGAUCUAAGUGACAACGAGCUGCAGGAAUCGGGAGUGAAUCUGCUGCGUGAUUUUAUGGCGAGUCCACACUGUAGACUGGAGACUCUGAGGUUCUCUGAUUCUGAAGGUUCACCUGUCACAUUGACUGGAAACCAGAAGAUGAGUGGUUGUGUGGAGGAAAAGAACAAAUCAGAGUCUCCAGAAUCCACCUGUGAGUCCAAACAUCCUCCUGUAGACUUCAGAGAUGAAGCUGGACCCUCACACAUAAAGGAGGAGAACACACCAAACAGAGCUACACCUGAUGGACAUGAAGGAGAUGGCUCUAAUCUCUCAUCACAUCCGUCCACAUCCAACACAACCCUCAAUGUGUCUGAGGACAGCAGAGACGAUCCAGAGAGGAUGAAGCUGCAGGUUGUGUGCAGAGAUAAUCUGAAAAGUCACUGGCAGUACUUCACACCCAAAGUGCUGACGCCUUCUGCAAACAUUUCAUACAGCCACAGGUGUCCUGGUCCAGGUGUGUUCAAGUGUACUUUGACCGGACUCGUGUUUGGUAUGACUAAGAAGGCGGAGCUACAGUACAGGACUGUCCAAUGGGAUGAGAGAGUCCUACAACCAGCUGGUAAAACAGCUGCAGGGCCGCUGUUCAACAUCCAGUCCAGUCCUGAAGGUGCUGUCAGUCAGCUCCACCUGCCACACUGUGAAACCAUGGAUGCUCCGCUCCCUGAAGGUCUGCUGUCUGUCGUCCACAUCACUGAUGAUGGAAUGAGCAUCCUGAAGCCGCUGAAGAUUACAGACACUAAUGUGGUUGUGAACGUCCCUCACCUCUCUGCCUUUGGCCUGGUCUGGGAUUUUUUAAAGAAGCUUAUUAACAUCGCACGACCAAUCAGUGGCCAAGUUCUGCUGUUCCUCCGACCUCCAAACCCAAAAACACAGAGACAGAAUCUGAACAUGUUUCUCCUGCCGAGGAACGUCCCUCUGUCAGAGGUGAGUGCACAACAGCGAAAUGCUGAAUACAUCACAGCCCCUUCCAGCUGCAAACUUAUCAAAGAUGAAAGUUACAGGGUUCUCUGUCCUGAGGCUUUUAAAAUACAGCCUAAAAGAGCAAAUUUUGACCUGGAGAUUGGACCAAAUUAUCACCCAACAUUUGAGAUCCGCCUGCCUGCAAACACAGACGAAGUAACUUUGAAGAUCCAGGACCAAAGAAAUACAGAAGUCUGGGAGCAUGAAGUGGAACUGACUGAUGCUGCUGUAGAUAAAGAAAAUCUGGUGAAGCUUCAGACUCUCUCACCACACAAGAGGCUGCUUUCAGUUCGUUCACAGUUUGUUGAUGGAGUGUCUGAUCCAGUUCUAAACCAGCUGCUGGAUCAACUUUUACAACGAAAAGUUAUCAACGAUGAAGAAAAGGAGUCAGCAAACACAAAAUCCAAGGCUGACAAAGCUCGAGCUGUGAUUGACUUGGUGAGAAAGAAAGGAAGAGAAGCCAGCUCAUUCUUCAUUACUGACCUCUGCAAGUUGGAUCCACAGUUUUCCAAAACCUUGAACUUAAGCUGAAGUGGGAACAAGUGUAAAGUCUGUAAUGAAGUGAAGACAGUCUUAUAUGAAAUCAUCUCAAAAUCCCUGAGUGUCAAUUACACUUAACUUUUACAAAGAGAACCACAUGGGACCAGUUUCCUGGAAACAACCUAGUCCUGGUCCAAACACUGACUUUAAUCAUGAGUGUAGUGUGUCCAGGAGGCAAGUUCUCAGUUAGAAGAGCAGGAAUGUUUUACUCAUACGCUCACUGCUGCAGGAUGUUAUUCAUCUUAUUCAUCUGUCUGAGACUCACCUGGAAGAUUAUUUGAUGUACUGACACAAAGACACCUCUAAACUACAUGACUGCUGCAUGUUAGUGUCACAGAUUCAGUCUGACCUUAAAAUGCUGUUUUCAUAAUGACACAACAGGAUCAACCUGUGAGUUUCUUCCAGUUACUGUUGAUGUUUGAGCUUCAGGUCCACAUGUGACACAAAGGAGAGUUAAUAUUGAACUUAUAUUCAUCUGAUGGACAACACACUGCUGGAUGUGUUUUAGUUUCUAUAUAAAUACUGACAGAUCUAUGAUGAGCCUGUAUCAGCUGACAG